AUGAUCAAGUUUCAUCAGGAACCGUUUUUGAAUACAUUUAAGGUUUUCAAGUCUAUUUUGCGGAACUUGAGUUUAAAAGAGUACCAAGGUAUAACGUUGCUUAAACAAGCUGGAAUACCUGUACCACCUUUUUAUGUUUCUCAGAGUGCAGACAAUCUAUACGAAGAUGCUAGAAAACUUGAUUGUAGCGACUUUGUUGUGAAAGCUCAAGUAUUGACUGGUGGACGAGGAAAAGGAUAUUUUAGUUCUGGUUUACAAGGUGGAGUACAAAUCGUUUGUUCACCAGAAGAAGUACGCGAGAAGGCUACGUUGAUGUUGGGCUCAAAACUUUUUACCAAGCAAACAGGUGCACAAGGUAAACUUUGUAAAGAAGUAAUGGUUUGUAAACGAUUAUUCAGUCGUAGGGAAUAUUAUUUCUCCAUUACAAUGGAUCGACUUUCUGGGGGUCUUGUGGCAAUAGGUUCAUCAAAAGGCGGUGUUAAUAUCGAAGAAGUAGCUGCUACUGAUCCUAUGGCCAUCAUGAAGUGUUCUAUUGAUAUACUCAAGGGCAUGACAGAUGAGGAAGCGGCUCAUCUAGCGGAGCAAAUGGGGUUUAAAAAUAACUGCAAAGAACAGGCAAUAGAUAUUUUUAAAAAGCUCUACAAUCUAUUCAUCAAAUAUGACGCGAAGUUGAUUGAGAUCAAUCCGAUCGCAGAAGACAUCCAUGGAGACCUUUAUUGCUUGGACUGUAAACUCAAUGUUGAUUCUAAUGCGAAAUAUCGGCAGAAGGAACUAUAUGCUAUGGAAGACAGGCAUCUACAAGAUUAUCUAGAAGCGCGUGCAGCUAAAGCAAAUCUCAAUUAUAUCAAACUAGAUGGCAACAUUGGUUGUAUGGUAAAUGGAGCAGGAUUAGCUAUGGCAACAAUGGAUAUCAUUAAACUUCAUGGUGGUGAGCCAGCUAAUUUUCUAGAUGUUGGAGGAGGUGCUACAGUCGAGCAAGUUACAGAAGCAUUUCGGAUUAUCACAGCUGAUAAAGAUAAGGUUAAUGCAAUCCUUGUCAACAUUUUUGGUGGUAUAAUGCGUUGUGAUAUCAUCGCACAGGGCAUGAUCAGUGCUGUGAAAGAGCUCAGUCUAAAAAUUCCUGUUGUUGUUCGUCUUCAAGGCGUUCAUGUAGAAGAUGCUAAAGCCUUGAUUGCACAUUCUGAACUGCGAAUGCUUGCUUGUGAUAAUUUAGAUGAUGCUGCAAAGAUGUCAGUAAAAUUGUCGCAAAUUGUAGGGUUAGCACGUUCAGCAUCAGUUGACGUUAACUUUGAAUUGUCUAUUUAA